AUGAAUAAUGGAGCACCAACUUUAAUCAGUACUUUAAUUAAACAAAAGAAAAUGAAUCCAAUUUUUAGUUUCCAUUUUCAACAUGCAUUAGAUUUCGAUGAUAAAGGAAUUCUUAUUUUGGGUGGUAUUGAUAAAAAUAAUGCACUCGUUGAUGGCAAUCCAGUGUUUUCUUCACCGAAUAUUACUGCAAUAAUUGACACAGGCACUUCUGUUAUUUUUGCACCUCCAAAUGACACAGCGGCAAUUCAUGAAAAAAUUCCAGGAGCCGUAUUUAAUAGUCAAAAUAAUAUCUACAUUAUCCCAUGCAAUACCACAGCAAUAGUUUCCCUUAGAUUUGGAGGUGUUGAUUAUGCAAUUCCAUCCAGAGAUUUAAUUUUCUUACCAAGAACUGGUACUGAUUGCAUAUCGGCUAUUAUACCUUCGGAAUUUUCUCCUACCGCUGAUGUCUGGAUUGUCGGUCAAACAUUCCUUAAGAAUGUAUAUUCUGUAUAUGAUGUGGAAAACAAACAAGUUGGAUUUGCACGUAGUAAAUAA